AAAUGGUUCAUUUCACCGCUCCGUCUCUCUCUCUCUCUCUCUCUCUCCUUCUUUCUUCGAUUUCUCUCACUCUACAAAUCGCCUCGCCGAUAUAAACCCGCCGGUGCUCCGGCCGUUCGUCUCUCAUCUCCUUUUCCGGACGUUGUUCAUCGCUACCGAGCUUGAAAUUGUCAUCUUCACCGUUUCCGUCGCGUUAUUUGAUUUCUUCGUUGGGUCUUCAUUCUUGUCUUCCGGUGUUCCUCCCACGAAUAGGUAAAUUGAUGAAAAGCAAACAUGGAUGACCUUCAUGAAAACAAUGCUCGAAUGCACAUUGGAGAAGCUCAAGACCCUAUGCAUGUUCAAUAUGAUCAUCAGGCUUUGAACCACAUCCACAAUGGAAGCGGUAUGGUCGAUGACCAUGCUGAUGAUGGUAAUGCUGGUAGGAUCAGUGAGGGAGUGGAAACUGACAUUCCUUCUCACCCUGGAAAUAUAACUGACAAUCGUGGUGAAGUGGUCGACCGUGGUAGCGAUCAAGGAGAUCAAUUGACAUUGUCUUUUCAGGGCCAAGUCUACGUUUUUGACAGUGUCUUGCCUGAAAAGGUGCAAGCUGUGCUUCUAUUACUGGGUGGACGUGAAUUACCUCAGGCACCCCCUACAGGCCUAGGAUCGUCUCAUCAGAAUAAUAGGGUACUGGGUUUACCUAAUACUCCUCAAAGGUUUAGUAUGCCACAGCGGUUAGCCUCUUUGGUCAGAUUUCGAGAGAAACGAAAAGGGAGGAAUUUUGAUAAGAAGAUUCGGUAUACAGUUCGCAAGGAGGUAGCUUUGAGGAUGCAACGCAAUAAAGGUCAGUUCACAUCUGCCAAGUCAAGCAAUGAUGAAGCUCCAUCUGCUGGAUCUAGCUGGGGGUCGAAUCAAACCUGGGCUAUAGAGGGUAGCGAGGCUCAGAAUCAAGAGAUCUCAUGUCGACACUGUGGAAUCGGUGAGAAGUCAACUCCAAUGAUGCGGCGUGGACCUGAAGGGCCAAGAACACUUUGCAAUGCAUGUGGACUAAUGUGGGCGAACAAGGGUGCUCUUAGAGACUUAUCCAAAGGUGCUCCUCAAACAGCCCAAAAUCUUCCGUUACAUAAGAAUGAAGAUGCAAAUCUUGAGGCUGAUCAAAUGAUGAUAACAGUGGCCAGUAACAUAAGCAACUCACAGUGAGAAUACUUUGGCCCUUGCCAUUACAAGCAAGAGAAGAUCUCAACAGAGUUAUCAUCAGGCCGUGUCUAUGUAAUGGAUUAAAAAACAUUGGCCUAGGGCCUAAUUUUAAUAAGAUACUCUUGAAAAGUUUAUUUUUUCCAAGACAUACAGUAUACUAUAACUUGAAGCUCUCAUUUGUAUUGUUGAAGAUUAAAAGAGAGAUUUUAAAAGAGA